AUGGAAAACGUCGAAAUCCUUAAACCUAAAGCAAAUGCAAAUGCAAACAGUGGUGUAAAAUAUAGCAGUUUCAACAUCUUGGCUGCACAUUUAUGGCGAUGUGCAAGUAGAGCAAGGGGUCUCCCAGAUGAUCAACCCACCAAGCUGCAUUUUCCAUUUGAUGGUCGAUCUAGAUUAAAUCCUCCUCUCCCACAAGGCUACUUUGGCAAUGUAAUCUUUAUGGCUGCAUUAAUUGCCGAAGCUGGCGAUCUCAGAACCGAAUCAUUCGCCGAUACAAUGAAAAGGAUCCACGGACGAUCAAAGGAGAUUGAUGAUGAAUAUUUGAGAUCAGCCAUUGAUAGCGUUGAAAAAGUGUCUGAUUUAAACACUUUGGUUAGAGGACCCCAUACUUUCCGAUGCCCAAACCUUAAUGUUAUUCCAUGGAUAUGGUUGCCUAUAUAUGAUGCAAAUUUCGGAUGGGGUCACCCCAUUUAUAUGGGACCAGCUAACGUCGUACAGGAAGGCAAAUUUUACGUAAUAUGGUUUAGUUGUUUUACUAUUGUGAAGCUUGAGAUGCAAUCCUUUCCUUUAAUGUGGAGAAUUCGUAGCAUAUUUGGUAUUUAUUAG